GCUCUAAAACAAAAGAAUUUCAUUCAAAUCAUUUCAGUCACUUCCCCCGCAACAAGAAAACGUCAAAAUUUCCGUAUAAUGUCUUCAAACAUUUAAAAAUCCUCGGGUUCAAUCCUGAAAUCCAAAAAAACCAUGAACUAAUCGAGAAUCAAAAUUGCUAUUAAAAAUUAAUCGUUUGGAAUCUCCAUAGAAAAAGUAUGUUAAAAAUUGUUUAAAAAAAUCCCUGAAAGGACGAUGGCUGGGCGACAGAGCAGGGCAUUGGGUGCACGUCCUCGAAAAACGAAAAGUCAACUUCUGCGAGAGGCGAAAAAUGUGGCAGUGGUGGUGCCAGAGGGAGGGGCUGCAGGUGGUGCAGGGGUUGCAGGGGGUUCAGGGGCCAGGGCAGAGGCAAGACCAGAGGCACGUCAGCCAUCUCGAACUCGGCAGAAUCUUGCUAAGCUCCACCCGGCUCCAGGGCCACCCCGGAAAGUCGUCUUCAACAAGCCGAAGCCGACGAAAGCGAUGAUGGCACGUCAGGCAAAAGCGCAAGCCCUCAUCGAUGAGCAGGAGCGCAAGAAGCAGGCGGAACGGGAGGCGCAAUUGGCUCGACGUCGAGGUCCUCGUCGUGCACCGGGCCGGAGAUCACAGCCUCCACGAGCCGAGCAGAUCGAAGCGGCAGCCGCAGAAAUUCUGGAGGAGAGUCGUCACCAGGCAAGAGCGGGUAAUGCGGAGGUGGUUCAGGCGGUUACUGUAGGUGAUGGCGAGGUAGAAGAGAUUAUAAUUCCCCCGGGGGUCGUCAACGAGGACAGGGUGACGAUUGUGCAGAUAGUGCCAGCGGAGGAGCAGGAGGAGGCGAUGGCUGCUGCUGCUGCGGCCGCAGGUCCUGCAGGAGAAUCGCCACACGCCAGCCUGAACCGCUCUAUUCAAAUGAUAAGUCAGAACCUCAAUGAUCAGGAAGCUGCGGAGGCCGUGGCUGUCCAGGAGAAGCUCGACGAUUUCCAGCAGGCCAGAAGGGACUUCAUCAUGGAACUCGCCGCUGUCACCGCACCUGGACUUGAUUCUGAUCUUGGUAUUCUCGAUAUUGAUCGACUGCCUCUGGAGGAGUUCGAAGAGCCCCCGCCGCCCUCACCGCCGAGGCGAAAAAUCUACCGAAUACCAGACCCUGAUGACGAGGUAUUCCACCUGGAGUACGGGCGUGAUCAUCCGGCAAUCAUCGCUGCCAGGGAAUUCAGGGCGCGAAAGGAGCAGGAGAAGAGGAUAGAGGAACGUUUCCGGCAGGCGGCACAGGAGGAAGACUUUGAUCUCGAUGUACCGCUCUACCAGAAUAUUAUGGAUGCCGAUAUAUCCUUUGAGGAGGACGAGCAGGGCUCGCUGAUGCCAUGCAAGUCCAGGGUCAAGGCCCCCAUGCCCAGGGUGCAGCCAAGGGCCGGCCUCAGAUCUGAAGCCAUGUACUAUCCUCAUUCGACGAUAAAGCAUGACGUCGAGGAACUGGAGAAGUUCUUUAAUAUUGAUAAGUAUCCACCUAUUCCCAAGUACCGGCCCCCCAGGGGUCGGGAACAACUCCCUCGUGAUCUCUGGGAGCUCGAUGAUCCUUGGUAUAACCAACCUUGCCAGGCUGAUGCCCCCGAUCUUAUUGACUUUUCUAAGUGAUUGAUCGACUCAUUUUAUGCCCAUUGAAGUUUCUUCGAGAGGAAAAUUAAAAUGAAGAGAUUAAAAUGAAGAGAUUUUUUCGUGCAUCCAUCGAUUGUCGCCGAUACUAUUUGAAAAUUCAUCAAUUUUUUUCAUAGGCUCUUCUUUAUAAACAACAUCGAAAUAUUUUGUAUAAAAAAU